AUGCAAGGCGGUACGAAGGACGGUAUCCGCUAUGGAGAAGUCUUGUAUUCGGACCUCUAUGAGCCAGGGCCCUUCAAUCAUAACAAGACAAUUAUGAAAUGGGCAGAAGAAGUGCCAACAACGUCUAUGGGUGAGGACCCUACACUCGAGGAUGUGUCGCCACUUUUCAGGGCGACAGAGCCUGGUGAUUUCCAGCAUGCCAUAUCCCAGAACGGCGAGCAGGCUCAUUCUAUCAGGAAACGCGGAUCCCAUGCUGAUUUACGAGCAGAAUACGAGCUGGGCGCAAACAACCACAAGGGAUGCAAUCCAUGCUGA